AUGUCAACAGAAGAGCAAGAUUUAGCUACAGAAAUAGAUUUAGCAGAAUCACCAAAAACUCAACCAGAGCCAGAAUCAUCACAACCACAACAAAAACCUAAAAAGAAAUCAGUAGGAUUUGCACCACCACCAGAAGAAGAUUUAGAAGAACAUCACGCCAACUUGAAACAAAAAGAACAAGAUGAAAUAAAAUCAUCACCAUUCCACAAAAUCCCACCUGAAUUAGCUUAUUUAGAUAAUCAACAUAUAACUUCUCCUAGACCAGUUCAAGAUUUACUAAAACAACCAAUACCAAAUAGUAGAUUAAGAUUAACUGAUUUACCUGAUUUAUCCAAGGCUAAGUUUUUCGAUAUUAAGGAUCUUUCUGUACAAAAUAAAGAAACUGAAUUACAAUUUCAUUAUAAUACUUUAAACUUACCUACUUCUAGUGAUAGUGUUAUCGUUGAUAUAAAAUUUGCAUCUUUAAAUUCAUUUGACUUGUGUAAAAUUAAUCAAUACUUACUAAAUUUGAGUAAUGUCAAAGUUGGAUUGGGUUAUGAAUUUUCAGGUAUUAUAACUAAUGUUGGUACAAAUAUGGCUAAACAAUUUGCAGAGGGAGACUAUGUGUUUGGUUUAAUUGAUCCUACUUCUAGAAGAGGUUCUUUGUCAACUAGUCAAAUUAUUUAUCCUGGAAGAGAUGUGUUGAUCAAAGUUGAUGAAUCCAUAAUUAAACAAAUCGAAGAUAUUGAUAUUAAUUUAAAACCAGAUGAAAUUGAUACAACAGGAUUCGAAGUUGGAGAAGAAGAGACAGAAAAUACUAAAGAUCAAGCUGAACCUCCAACAGAGGAAGAAAGUCAAGAAUCAAGUCCUGCAGACGAUGAAGUUGUGUCUAAAACUAGUAAAUUGUCAUUUGACGAAAAUAAACCAUUAUCACCAUUAGCCAAAUUUUCAUCAAUAUCAUUGUUAUACAACCAUUCAAAACAAAUGAUUCAACAUUUGAAUACCAAGAACACUAAAGUCAACAUAUUAAUAAAUGGAGCAGAUACAAAUAUUGGAUUAACAAUAUUACAAAUAUUAUUAUCAGAAUAUAAAAACUUUGAAUUUUUAAAUUUAAUACUAGUUAUACGAGAAAAAUCAGAACAAUACAUGAACUCAAUAAUCAAAAAUUUUGAAAAAAAAUAUUAUGAUCCAUCCACCACCAAAAGAUUUAAAAUCGUAACUUUUGAUAUAUUCAAUAAUGGAUUAUAUUUUCCAGGUGAAAAAAUCCCAAUAAGUUACAAAAAACCUGAUUUUUUCGCAACUGAAAUUAUUGAUUCUUUACUUGUACCAUAUAAUAAUGAAUUAAUAAAUGAAUCAAAUAUCAACAAUUACAAAUUGGAUUUAUUCAUAGAUUUAAUAGGAUGUAAAAAAUAUUUCCAAUCAUCAUCAACAAAAUUCCACGAGAUUGAAACUUUAAACUUACCAUUCAAACAAAAUAUAUCAGUAUCAAUAGAAAAACUAUUCAAUUCGUCAAAAAAGGAACCAUUUUUAAACAAAAUCUUAAAACCUAAAAAAACAGGAUCAACAGUGGUAAGUGGAUGUAAAUUUUACCUUUCUGAACCAAGUUAUCAAAUUGAUAAAUUAAUAGAUUUUAAUGAACAAAAUUAUUUAAAUCCUUGGGUUAAUAAAUGGUCAAAUUCUUUACUAAACAACUGGACAAAUUAUAAUUAUUUUGAAGAGAUUUUUUUAAAAAUUAAACCAGAUUGGUGUACUCAAGCUUUAAAUUUAGUAUUGGAAAAUAAAUUAAAAUUUAAAAUUGAUGGAAUUCAUGAUUGGAGAAAAGAUUAUAAGAAGUAUAUCAAGAAUUUGAAAGAUAAUGAUGGUAAAGUUAUUUUUAAAGUCGAAGAUUUUUGA